CUCUCGUUUUUUAUGUCAGACCCUCAUCACACGCUAUCUGACUGUACUUUAUUCUAUCCAACUCUAUGGAGGGGCCCUGUAAUCUCUCCAGGCCUACCAUUUCGUCUGCUUCUGGCUAGAUUAUCCUCUCCUCCACCCUCUUCCCUACGCCUAAAGUAAACCAGGGCCACGUCUUGCUCCACAGCCGUGUGUCUGUGUACCUUCAUAAAAGUCCUCAUACUACUCACUCUAGGCGGACCUUUCACAAGCACCGCCCUCAUCACCGCCGGCUUGGCUUCGUCGUCCAAUCUUUCUCCUUCUUUUUCAGCUCGCCGACCCCGUCUCACUCAUUCUUCCUUCCUCCCCCUCCUCCUCUUCUUCUUCCUUCUUUAUUCAUUAUAUCUUCUUCCUAAUCCCCGCCUUUUUAACCUUUCUCUUCUUUCACACGGCUUCCUCACUGCAUGGGUCUCACCUCGCUGCUACGACUCUGAUCUCCGGAUCCUCCACUCUCUUUACCUUCCUCUCAUAAGAGCGAGACGAAACCACCACCACCAGCAGCCAUGGCGACUGCACCAGUCCCUGGCGCCUUCGGCGUGCUCCCUGAAGCCCAGGGCGUCACCACCAACGCCAUUGGGCACAGUAUUGAAUCCGAGCGCCCAGUGACCGAAGACACCCUGCACGAUGAGACCGACACCAGCUCCUCCGAGAACAAUGAGAAGCACAUCACCGACCUCGCGCGCACCUUCACCCAGGCCUCCAUCCGCAACGAGCAGGGCGAGCAUGACAACCCCUUCACCUCCGCCGACCCCACUCUCGACCCCCACAACGAGAAGUUCAACGCCCGAGCCUGGACCAAGACCCUCGUAGGCAUCACCAGCCGCGACCCAGAGCGCUACCCCACACGCACGGCGGGCAUUGCAUACAAGAAUCUCAAUGUCCACGGUUUCGGCAACCCCAUGGACUACCAGAAGACCUUUGGUAACUACCCGCUCGAGAUUGGUGGAUUGUUCAACAAGCUCCGCGGCAAGGGCCAGCGCAAGAUUCAGAUCCUGCGUAACUUUGAGGGUCUCGUCCGCAGCGGCGAGAUGCUGGUCGUGCUUGGACGCCCUGGAAGUGGGUGUUCGACGCUGCUUAAGACUAUCUCCGGUGAGACGAACGGCUUCUUCAUCGACCAGGAGUCCACCAUCAACUACCAGGGUAUCGCUGCCCAGCAGAUGCACAACGAUUUCCGUGGCGAGUGUAUCUACCAGGCCGAGGUUGAUGUGCAUUUCCCGCAGUUGACUGUUGGACAGACGCUUAAGUUCGCAGCCCUGGCUAGGGCCCCUAAUAACCGCAUUCCGGGUGUGUCGCGCGAGCAGUAUGCCGAGCACAUGCGUGAUGUGGUCAUGGCCAUGUUUGGCCUGUCGCAUACUAUUAAUACUAAUGUUGGAAACGAUUACAUUCGUGGUGUUUCCGGUGGUGAGAGGAAGCGUGUCUCCAUUGCCGAGUGCUGUGUGGGCCAAUCGCCUCUGCAGUGCUGGGAUAACUCCACCCGUGGUUUGGAUUCCGCGACUGCUCUCGAGUUCGUCAAGACUCUGAGACUGUCUACCAACAUCAGUGGCGCAACUGCCAUUGUUGCCAUCUACCAGGCCUCGCAGUCCAUCUACGAUGUCUUCGACAAGGUCGCCGUUCUCUACGAGGGUCGCCAGAUCUACUUCGGACACAAGCACAAGGCCAAGGAGUUCUUCGUGAACAUGGGUUUCGACUGUCCCGAGCGUCAGACCACCGCCGAUUUCCUCACCUCCCUCACCAGCCCGCUGGAGCGCAUUGUCCGCCCUGGCUUCGAGCACAGCACCCCCAAGACCCCCGAUGAGUUCGCCGAUGCCUGGCAGAAGAGUGCGGACCGUGCCCAGCUGCUCCGCGAGAUUGAGGAGUUCGAGGCCGAGUACCCCAUCGGCGGAGCCCACCUCGAGAAGUUCAAGGAGGGCCGUCGCGCCCAGCAGGCACGUGGUCAGCGCAUCAAGUCGCCUUACACCAUCUCCGUCCCCAUGCAGGUCAAGCUUUGCGUUACGCGUGGCUUCCAGCGUCUCAGGGGUGAUAUGUCUCUCCUGUUCGCAGGAAUCUUCGGUAACACGGUUAUGGCUCUGGUCAUUGCUUCGGUCUUCUUCAAUCUCCAGGAUAACACCGAGACGCUCUUCAGCAAGGGUGCUCUCCUCUUCUUCGCCAUCUUGAUCAACGCUUUCAGUUCUGCCCUCGAAAUUCUUACUCUCUUCGCACAGCGUCCGAUUGUCGAGAAGCACACGAAAUAUGCGUUCUAUCAUCCGUUCGCUGAAGCGAUUGCGUCUAUGAUUUGCGACAUGCCGAAUAAGAUCGGCUCGUCCAUCUUCUUCAACAUCACGCUAUACUUCAUGACGAACCUGAAGCGCACCCCAAGUGCAUUCUUCACAUUCAUCCUCUUCGGUUUCUCUUGUGUCAUGGCUAUGUCUAUGUUCUUCCGUUCCAUCGGAUCCAUGGCUCGCAGUCUACCUGAGGCUCUUGGUCCUGCCGCUGUCAUCAUUCUGUCGCUUAUCAUCUACACCGGUUUUACCAUUCCCACGGUUGACAUGCACCCAUGGUUCCGCUGGAUCAACUACAUCGAUCCCGUCGCCUACGCCUUCGAGUCGCUCAUGGUGAACGAGUUCUCCGGCCGCAAGAUUCCGUGCACGUCUUUCGUUCCCCGUGGCGGCGACUACGACCUCCUCACGCUCGCCAACAAGGUCUGUGUCACCACCGGCGCCGAGGCUGGAUCCGACGUCCUCGAUGGCGAUGUCUGGCUCCGCGUCAACUACGGAUACGAGCGCAGCCACAUGUGGCGCAACCUUGGUAUCCUCUGGGCUCUCGUCGUCUUCGGCUGCGCCGUUCAUCUCCUUGCUACUGAGUGGAUUUCCGCUAAGAAGUCCAAGGGUGAGGUUCUCCUGUUCCCCCGUGGCAAGGUCCCCGAGCUUGCAUCCGCUUCGAACGAUGAGGAGGGCGCUCAAGACAACCGUAUCGAUACCAACACCCUCGAGGCUACUGCCACGCACGCCGCUGCUGGAGAGGCCCCACCUAGCAUCCAGAGACAAACCGCCGUUUUCCACUGGCAGGGCGUCAACUACGAUAUCAAGAUUAAGAAGGAACCGCGCCGCCUCCUCGACGACGUCGACGGAUGGGUCAAGCCCGGCACGCUCACAGCACUCAUGGGUGUCUCCGGUGCUGGUAAGACUACUCUCCUCGAUGUCCUCGCUUCUCGUGUUACCAUGGGUGUCGUUACGGGCCAAAUGCUCGUCGAUGGCCGCCAGCGUGACAGCGGAUUCCAGCGCAAGACCGGUUACGUUCAGCAGCAGGAUCUGCAUCUCGCCACCUCCACUGUCCGCGAGGCGUUGACUUUCAGCGCCCUGCUCCGCCAGCCUAAGGCCACUCCUCGUGCCGAGAAGAUCGCCUAUGUCGAUGAAGUUAUUAAGGUUCUCGAGAUGGAGACGUACGCUGAGGCUGUUGUUGGUGUUCCCGGUGAAGGUCUCAACGUCGAGCAGCGCAAGCGUCUCACCAUUGGUGUUGAGCUCGCUGCUAAGCCUGCCCUUCUUCUGUUCCUUGACGAGCCUACUUCUGGUCUCGACUCUCAAACUGCAUGGUCUAUUAUCGCUCUUCUCCGUAAGCUUGCCAACAACGGCCAAGCUAUUCUGUGCACUAUCCAUCAGCCAUCUGCUAUUCUGUUCCAGGAAUUCGAUCGUCUCCUCUUCCUCGCCAAGGGCGGAAGAACCGUCUACUUCGGUGACGUCGGCCAGAACUCUUCGAUCCUCACUGACUACUUCGUUCGCAACGGCGCACGCCCCUGUGGCGUCGAGGAGAACCCCGCUGAGUGGAUGUUGGAAGUCAUUGGUGCUGCCCCUGGUUCUACAACAACCGUCGACUGGCCAGUAGCAUGGAACGAAUCUGACGAGAAGGCUGAGGUGCGCGCGCAGCUCGCUGACAUGCGCCGCCAGCUCAUCGAGAAGGAGGUCGAAACCGAUCCAACCAGCCUGGAUGAGUACGCUGCGCCAAUGGGCCAGCAGCUCGGAACCGUCACACAGAGAGUGUUCCAGCAGUUCUGGCGCACACCUUCAUACCUGUACUCCAAGACAUUCUUGUGUGUGUCGACUGGUCUCUUUAUUGGAUUCUCUUUCUGGGAUGCUCCAACUUCGAUGCAGGGUAUCCAGAACCAGCUGUUCUCCAUUUUCAUGCUUUUGACCAUCUUCGGAAACUUGGUGCAGCAGAUGAUGCCGCAUUUCGUCACUCAGCGCUCUCUCUAUGAGGUCCGCGAACGCCCAUCCAAGACAUACUCCUGGAAGGUCUUCAUCGUGUCCAACAUCAUCGUCGAGCUCCCAUGGAACAGUCUGAUGUCCGUCCUCCUCUUCGCCACCUACUACUACCCUAUCGGCAUGUACCGCAACGCCCAGCACGCCGGCCAAUUCCACGAGCGCGGCGGCCUCAUGUUCCUCUACAUCUGGUCCUUCCUCAUGUUCACCUCGACCUUCAGCACCAUGAUCAUCGCAGGCAUGGAGACCGCCGAAGCCGGCGGCAACAUCGCUAACCUGCUCUUCUCGCUGUGCCUCAUCUUCUGCGGUGUCCUCGCCAGCCCCCAAGUCAUGCCCCGCUUCUGGAUCUUCAUGUACCACCUCUCGCCCUUCCGCUACCUCGUCGACGGCAUGCUGGCAGUCGGAAUCGCAAACGUCGACGUCGUAUGCCAGGCGCGCGAGAUCCUGCACCUCAACCCCACCGUCGGCAAGACCUGCACGCAGUUCAUGGGCGCCUUCGUCGAGCUCGCCGGCGGCUACCUCGUCAACGGGGACGCCACGACUGAUUGCCAGUACUGCUCGGUCGGCAAAUCCAACGACCUCCUCAAGGUCUUCAGUUCCUCGUACGCACACAGAUGGCGCAACUUCGGUAUCCUCCAGGGUUACGUCUUCUUCAACGCCGGCAUGGCAGUCUUCAUCUACUGGCUCGCCCGUGUCCCCAAGAACAGCGGGAAGGAGGAGCCCCCGACUGAGGAGGAGCUCGCGCUGCAGAAGAGCAGGACCAGGAAUAGUACUACGGCUGCUGGUGGACUUGAGAAGACCGCCACCCGCGAUAGUGCCAGGGGGAAGAGGAGGACCUGGGGAAGUCGUGGGGAGAAUAAACUCGCGACUACGGAGGAGAUCGUAGCCGAGAAGCAGUGAAGGGGGGAAGGGAG